UAAGAGAAAAUUAUUUUUAUUUGUAAUGUUAACAUCAUUUAUCUCCAAUGUGUAGUUGAUCUGGAAUAUAACAACAAGAGUAAGGGUAAAUUAAUAGCAUAACAAUAAUAGUAAAGAAGACAAUAUGGUGUAAGAGAAAGAAAGAAAGUAGGUUCGAUUUUUAUUAAAAACACAAGGUGUUACAGUGGAGGAGAAAAACAAACAGAUUUGUUUACAUUACAUUUGGCGCAUAUAUACUUGUCAUACAUCAAAUAAGAUAGCUAAUGAAAAAGCCACUACUACUAAUUUGAGUGUUAUAAUUCUGAUUAGAAUAAGCAAUAUUUUGUGUUUGUCAUUAGUGAAUAGAUCACAAAGAAGAAAAAGAAUUGUGCACAAUAGUACAUUAAAUCAAUUUCUUUUAAUUAGGUAUCUCGGACUGGAACAUUGUACUGGCAAUAAGCAUGAAUAAUAAUGUUACGAUUUAAUCAAAUAAGAUUAUGUGAUCAUUUAACAUUUUUUAAAAAUUAAUGUUACGUACAUAAAUAAAACGCAAUUUGGUCCAUAUAUGUUUUAGAUAGAAAGAUCUUUUACCAAAUGUAUUUGUAAAAAAAGAUCAUUCGACUAAAGACAUAAGAAAGAACGUGAUAGAAAGAGGAAAACAAUUAAUAAUUUCACCAGCCAUUACCAUCAUUGACAUUGUUGUCAUGGCUAUCACACCACAGUUAGCAGAAAUGAUAGCUAACGAUACAUGGAAGAUGACAAAAGCAAGCGAAACUAAAGAACAGGAAGAUGCAAUCACCAAUAAUAAUAAUAAUAAUAAUAAUAAUAAUAAUAAUAAUAAUAAUAAUAAUAAUAAUAAUAAUAAUAAUAUGGGAUCAUUUUCACCCAAUAACUUUUGUUUUCGAUAA